UACUGAUUGUAAGGAAUAACUGAAUCACUAGUAUCCGGUUAUCAAAAUUUCACCUGAAAAUCAGAAAUUGAAAUGUAUAUGGAAAGACACAAGCUUUGAUGUUUAGAACUGAAUAACUACAUAAGUCCCAGUAAUACUCUGUAUUUAUUUAAGGAUUGAUAGAUAAAAUUAUUUUAAGAAAUCAUUGACUUGUUCCCAGUGCUAGGAUUUUUCUUUCAGUGUCAACAGUGAGCAAAAUUAUCAGAAAAGCAAAACAUUGUGAUGAAUAAAAAAUGAAUUAUGUUUAUUACAUGAAAAGAGGGACUAAAUAAAAUAAAAUGAUAAUGUGCUUGGAAGUUGUUAUAGAUAAAUAGAGGAUUUAGUGCCAUUUCCAAAAAUUAGCUCUUAUCAUAAUGGGAAAUAAUUCAAUCAAGAACUUUUUAUUUAUGAAGUGUUUGGGAAUUUUGGUGCUUUUACUAAAUGUGUGUUCAGUCUCACUGGAGAAGUUUGAUGAAUCUCAGAUGAAGCAGAUAGCGGCCACAUUUAAACAGGAGUUAGAUUCUCAUAUUGAUAAAGUUCUUGCUUACGGACAAAUUGAACAAAAGCUUCAAGAGUUUGAAACCCAUCUUGUUCAUGGUCCAAUAAAUGGUGAGGAUAUUUUUAAUGAAAUCUUUCAGAAUGUGAGUUUGAGAUAUAAUGACGUGGUUUUAGCUGCAAAUCGAUUAAAACAAGUGCUUGAAAAAGAUGUUGGCUUGUUGGAUAAUGUGGAUAGUACUGGAGCUCCGCCACCUGGCGGAGGGCCUCCACCAGUGCCACUAACAAAGUGUUGUUGUGAAUCAAGCCCAGGAGUUUUUGAUGCAAGGUUACAUGAUAGAGUGCAAGCUAAAGAAUGUUAUGGGAGUCAGGAUGCUUUACUCGAGUCGCUGGGUAAAACUGGAUUUGUUGAUAAACUCAAGGAGAACUAUAAGGGGUUGCGAGGUGUGACGUGGCAGUAUUUUGCAGACUCUGCUGGACAUUAUGUCCAGUACCCCACCAGUAACAGGGCUUGUGAUAGAAGUGCUCCGCCCUUGCUUGGCUCCUGCAGUAAACUUGACAGCCCUCUUACCAAGGAAUGGUUUGUUGAGAAAUUGCGCAUGGAACAUAAAAACUUAGUUAUUUUAAUGGAUAACAGUAUGAAGCGGGACCCUUCCGUACCACCAGUGGCUGAGAGUGUGAUAGUUGAAGCUGUUGUCAAGAUACUGGAUACACUGACUCCUAGUGAUAAGGUAAAUGUGGUAGCAUUCCCAUCGAGCACAUCAGAAACUGUGGAGGUACCAACCAGAUGUAGUAGGGCACUGUUUGUUGCCUCACAGGCAAAUCUCAAUAACCUUAAAGUAUAUACAAAACAGUUAACACCAGGGACAGGUGAGCCAAAUUUAAUGGGAGGGCUUAAAAAAGUUUACAGCCUUCUUGAAGCAGAAAAAAAUGAAAAUCCGGAUAAUUUCAAGACAAGAACAAAUCUAGUAUUGAUUUUGCUACAUGGUCAAAGCAAACCCUUUCCCCAGGAGGAAACACCUGUACUGGAGAUGAUAGCUCAACAUCAACUCAAGCAGGAUAACAGAGCUCAACAUUUUAUUUACACCCUUGGCAAGCCUGCGGACAGUGAGACAUUGGACAGGCUUGCUCAAGUAGCUGACCAGAAUAACCUGAAACUGGAGAAAUCAAGUGGUGUCAAAGUACAAGCCUGGCCUCAGAUUCCAGGGCUAGUGACAAACCAGUCUGUUGGACCAGAGGGAGUUCUUGUUUCUGUCGACAAUGGGGCAGAUUUUGUAUCUGCUGUAGGAGAGUAUUUUCAGAGGUUGCCAUCCCAGGUAGACAAGGAAUUGACAACCUUAGUGCCCAUUUUGGAUGAUAAGUAUGGUCUUGGUUUGACAGUGGCUGUACCAGUUUACAAUGGGACCCAGCCAAUUGGAGUAGUAGCAGCCGAUGGUUCCCUAGCAACUAUUUUCUCAGAAAUAGUUAAUUUUAAAACAGGAAUCAACAGUUACAUGUACAUGGUGGACAGUACGCAUGGACAUGUUCUGCUUCAUCCCAAACUGCGAGAUCCAGCGGAAACCAGAUAUAAAGAUACAAUAUUUCCUAGAUUGGAUCUUCUAGAGCCUGACCUAUCAGUGGAACAGAGAAAUAAAAUACUUACAGCUAGCACAAGCAAUGUUGUGAGCUUUUCAGUACAGGUGACAGAUAUCCAGCCAGAAAUUGAUGGUGAGCUGGUACCAAACAGAUUGUCUAGUUUGAGCCAGGCCACUGUGUAUUGUCAACAGAUUAGUGGAACCAGACUGGUUAUUGCACUUGUGCACUAUGAAAGUGAUGAUGAGGAACCAAAAUUUCACAAACUUAAUCAGCUUUCUCUACAUGGUAUUUACCAUCGCUUGGACAAAUUGUUUGGUGCCCCUGAUUUUCCAGGAAAGGACUCCAUUUGUCACCUGCAUAAUGGGCAUUUCUUAUCAUUUAAACAGUCUGUUAUAAAGUUUGCACCGAGUCUGUUCAGUGAACCAGAGCUGUACAAAUACUCAGAUGAGACCCUGAAUGCAGUGGUGAAACUUAACAGGUUUCUUACAGAUGGCAAUUACACAGAUAUACUCAAUCCUGGUUUGACGGCUAUUGUUCUUCACACAUUGGCUGCAACAGACAAAUUGGAUUCAUUAUGGACUGGCAGUGCUAAUCAAGUCAUUGAAAGGUUCUAUGGGUCCACUGAUGGUGUGUUUAGAAUGUAUCCAGGUUCACCUUUGGUUAACACAUUUGAUCACAGAGAGACAGACUGGUACAAAAGAAGUGUAGCAUUUCCAAAGACAACAAUGUAUCACUAUGGGAAGUUAAGCAUUCGAAACACAAACAAUGUCAUAAUAAUCAGCAGGGCAAUCGGUAUGAAGCGCCUGCAAGGGGUGGUUGGAAUGACAGUUACUCCAAGAUUUCUACUGUCACAGCUUCUUAACACUGUCAAGGACUGUUCUGGGAAUGACCUUAAAUGUCAUGUUGUUGACAGCACAGGGAGAAUAUUUGAUGCACUUAAUCCUGGCUCAGAAGGACAGUUAACAAAGAUGUAUCCAUGGUUAACAGCAGAACUAGUUACCAGGAGAAAAAUAAAGCAAGAAUGGUGUACAGGAUUUUCAGAUGGCUUUCAUAAAAUGAUCCUGACUUUGACAGAAGAUGUGACCUCUAACGCUACUGACCGAUGUCUGCAGUUCAGUCUUCACAAGGUCAAGGAUACAAACUUAUUUGUAUUGGUUCUUGGAAGCCGAGAAAAACUCAAAUGUGUGGAGUCUAAUUAUAAGAUAUGUUCAAGUUGCCAAACCUCCAACUUUAAUCCAGUAUAUCAACUGUCAAUCCCAAAGUGUAGAUACUGUCACGUGAACGAGACGAUGACAAGGUGCCAGUGCCAGUGUUACUGUGAUACAGACUUGAAUACAUGUCAUGGACAGUUCAACAUACAUCUACACAACUUUCCUACUCGUUCUUGCUUCUAUACCCCAACCUAUAAGACAGAAUUCAUACCAGAUGCUCCCGGACCAGGCAGCAAUCUUGAUAGAUGUCCAAUACCUUGUGUUGCCAUAGAAGAUUUGGAUGUGUGCAGUGGAUUAGCACACUGUAAGGUCAGCUCCAAUUUUUACCCUACCUGUAUCUGGAAAGAUGAAGAUGAAUUGAAGAUGGUGAAUGUAUCCACCUAUUUUCCAACAACAACUCCACCCAGGCCACCAAUACCUUCUGGUACAGGUGGGCCGAAACCUUCAGUGUCUACAGCAACUGGACCAGUUUCUCUACCACCAAUCCUGACAAGCAACAAGUCACCUUUGUCUCCUUCUGCUGCAAUUUCUCCACCAAACAAGCCACCAACUGCAGGUGUUACUGAAAGCUCAACUUCAAUGAAAUCACCUCCUGGUUUUGUUAGUACCACCAACACUUCCCCUGUAGCACCAGUGAUGACUGGUUCUCUAGUACAUCCUGUGACUGGUUCAGCUGUAAAACCGACUGGUUCUGCAAUAGUGACUGGCUCCAGUACUUCAGUAACAAAGACAAUCCAGUCAGUGCCAACUAAGCAGACAGAAAAGCCGCUUGGAAAUAACUCUAGUGAUGAAGACCAAGGUUUGAGCGGUGGUGCCAUAGCUGCGUUGGUCAUUGGUAUACUUGCUCUUGUGGCUAUUAUUGUGUUUGUUGCAGUGAAGAUGUACAAUAAGAAGUUUAGGAGACCAGGGGCUGAUGAAUCCUCCAAGUACAGAGCAGGUAGCUCUAUGUUUGACAGCACUGUAUUUCUGAGAAGUCUGGACCAAGUUUCAAUCAAUGCUUCAGCUCCAAAUUCAACCAAUGUUCCAUAUCAGGAAAUGGCAAAUUAAGAACAUUUAGUUACAAACUAUUUACAAAGACGUUGAUUUCUUGUCAGUAUUAAGGUAGUUCUGCACGUUUGGAUCGAAAUCUUUUCUACAAUGUAGAAUUUUAUUAAACUCUGAUUUUUCAAAACUUCAGAAAAUACCUAGAAAAUUCAGCAAAUAAAAAAGAUAGGGUCGUGUGCUUGAUAUUUUGCUAGACUGAUUUGAAAAAUUUGGACCUCAUGCAAUAUUUCAUAAUGGGAGUCUACAGGAAAAUCAUAACUUUCAUAACAUUGUCGCGAAUAGAAUUUUUUCUACAAUGUAGAUUUUAAUGAAACUUCCCACGGUUGUUAAUAAAUAUAUGGACUAUGAUUUGGUGAAAGAAAAUGUAUACGUCCGUGUGCUUAUUUUUGAGAUAUUUGACCAUGAUUAAAGUGAACCGGACAUUUCACGCUAAUUUUAACACAUUAUUUUGAAUUUUUAACGUACCGUAUGUUUUAAUAUCAUAUUUUGACUUUAGAAAUAUAGCAACAGUGCCACUGUAAUAAAUUUACUCACAGGUUUCAAUUAAUUCAUAAAAUAAUUUUCAUUUCCGUACGCCCAAUCCAGGCUUUAUUCUACGUUUUCCGGAUAAAUAAUGUUACGCCAUCACUUCCGGUUUUUCAAACGUGCAGAACUACCUUAAAUGAAGCUCAUUGUGAUUUUUUUUUUCAACUCUUGAUCGUAGUAUGACUAUAGACAAUGUGAAAUCUUUGAGCCAAUAAAAAAAUCUUGAAUCUUAACUGAUAGCAGAUUGCUAUUUAGAUUAUAUAUUUCUAUUAUUCAGGAUGAUUAUAGUUGUAUUGUUUGAUAGUGUUUAUAAUGGUAGUGAUUUUCACAGUUGUUUCUCAGAUGUAAUUUGCAAUAAUAAAGAUAUAGUAAGUAUAUUUCAUCAAUAGUGACUGUUUGAAAAAAAAGAUUUAAUAAUAAAACAUAUAUGAUU